GUGCGGCUGGGCGGCGGGCUGCCGGGUGCCGGCGCGGGGGCGGCGGAGCGGAGCGCCCAUGGCCGCGGCGGCUCCUCGGCGGCCGCGGGGCGAUGUAGGGGCCGCGUCCUGAGCCGCGAUGGCCGGGCCGGGGCUGUGGGCCAGCAUCAGGUCGGUGCUGCGGCGCGGCCAGGACCCGCCGUUCCUCAAUGACUCCAGCGCCUUCGACUUCUCGGACGAGGCGGGGGACGAGGAGUUCCCGCGGUUCAACAAGCUGCGGGUGGUGGUGUCGGACGAGGGCUCGGAGGCCACCGAGGAGCCGCCGGGGGAGCGGCCCGGGCCCUGCAGCGGCUGCCGCGGCCGCCGAGAGCGCUCGGGGCAGAGCGGGGCCAAGAAGCGGCUGGCGCUCGCCGCCCUCCUCUACCUGCUCUUCAUGGCCGGGGAGCUCGUGGGUGGAUAUGUUGCUAACAGCCUAGCAAUUAUGACAGAUGCACUUCAUAUGUUAACUGACCUUAGUGGUAUUAUUUUGACUCUGCUUGCUCUCUGGCUCUCUGCAAAAUCCCCCACAAAGAGGUUCACUUUUGGAUUUCAUCGCUUAGAAGUAUUGUCAGCUAUCAUCAGUGUAUUGCUGGUCUAUAUCCUUAUGGCAUUCCUCUUGUAUGAAGCUGUUCAAAGAACUAUCCAUAUGGACUAUGAAAUAAAUGGCGAUAUCAUGCUGAUUACAGCAGCUGUUGGUGUUGCGGUUAACUUAAUAAUGGGUUUUUUGCUGAAUCAAUCUGGCCACCUUCACUCCCACUCCCACCCUCAUUCUCACGUACCUCAGUCGAACGCUCCUCACCCAGCCCACAGCAGUAGCCAUGGUCACAGCAGCCUUGCCGUGAGAGCAGCAUUUGUACAUGCCCUUGGGGACCUGGUACAAAGCAUUGGCGUGCUCAUAGCUGCAUACAUCAUACGCUUCAAGCCAGAAUACAAGAUUGCUGAUCCUAUAUGUACAUAUAUAUUCUCCAUACUCGUGGUUUUGACAACAGUUCGAAUUCUGCGGGACACAGGAGUAAUUAUUCUGGAAGGAGUUCCAAGACAUUUAAACGUCGAUCGCAUUAAGGAAGACUUGAUGAAAAUUGAAGAUGUUUAUUCUAUAGAAGAUUUAAAUGUUUGGUCUCUCACUGCAGGAAAAACAACUGCCAUAGUCCACUUGCAACUAGUUCCUGGUAGUUCAUCUAAAUGGGAGGAAGUUCAGUCCAAGGCUCGACAACUGCUGUUGAACACCUUUGGAAUGUACAAAUGCUCUGUCCAGCUUCAGAGCUACAAACAGGAAAUGAGCAAAACCUGCGCAAGUUGUCAGAGUUCCAGUGCCUAAUUUCAUGUGUUUUGGGAACUGCUGCCUUAUUCUUUAUCUUGUAGUCAAAGACUGAGAGCAAUAAAUGAAAAUGAUCAGAUAGAAACCAUUAAUAUGUGGAUUUGUACCAUGUAACACACAGCCGGGAGAACUGCUGCUGCAAAAAGUGCAGUGGUUGUCCCACGGAACAAGUAUUCACUCUCUCCCUUGUAUUGGUUUAUUCAAUUGUGAUUUUGAGAUAAAGCUGUUUUCAGGUUAUUGUUUACAAACCGCAAUGUGGCUCUGCAGAUACCUCACAAAUUACAGUCCAAUAUUGUUCUUUAAUAACUACGUACCACAAAGUACCUGCACUCCAAAUGGAGCGUCCAGUAUUCAGUAUUUCAGUUAAAAAUCUCUGAUGCUGAUCAUGCCAGAGUUCCGUAAUGUGUCAUGAUCCCUGAAUUCAUUACACACUUUCUUUGCAAUAGUGAUUUUCACGUGGUAUCUUACACUCUAAUACAUACUGUGCUAGUUGAAUUCUUUUGGAAACUGUCUUUCUGAAGACAUUGCAGAACACAGAAUUUACUGUAUCCAGAAUAGAAAGUUAGCUUUAAUCUGGGCAUACAGAGAUCCAGACAGGAAGAUCCUUGCCCAGACUUCUGGAAUUUAACUAGAGACCCAACAGUGGACCCAAAGUAUUUUAAGUGAUCAGUUCUCUUUAAUGUAUUUUAGAGUAGAGUUUAUCCAUUAAAAACAGGUUAUUUAUUUUACAUUUUGACUUGUAAGAUAAAUUUAUUUUUAAUGAUCUUGAAUGUCUAAACCAACAUUUGAUUCACAUUAAAAGGCCAGUUGAUUAGCAUGCAGUCUAAUUAUAAUUAAUAAAUGUCCUGUAAUUGAUAAUUUUUCCAUGAUUAGUUUGUUUUAAAAGAAAAGUCAAGUGAUAGAAGCUACGUUUAUGUGGAGAUACUCUCAAACACAAUCUCCAGCGGCGCAAAACCCAGGAAAGUGGGAAGUAGAUGUUCCCUCGGUCCCAGACCCUUUCAGCUUUGCUUUGAGCACGGUACGGCAGUGUCCUGACGGGAGUGCUGCUGCAGCAGCAGUCCCCUGCUGCUUAGCUUUGUGAGUAAAGCAAAAUCCAAGCAAACUCAGUAACCUACUGGUGUUGGACAACAAUUUUGUAACAAUCUAGAGAGGUUGAAAGGCCUUUUCUUACUUACAGAGGGGCAAGGCAGUUUGAGAAGACUUAUUUAUUCAUCUGGACACUUCAAAGUCCCCAAAACUUGGCCUCAUGGUGGAAUCCUGGUUCUUUGAAUGUACACAGGGCAGUAAAACCUGACUUGAAGCUAUCAUAUACCUCAAGCUCAGAUUCAAUUUGCUUCUGAAGUGAUUUGCGUCGGUGGAGCUAAGAGCAACAAGAAUAUGACCUGCAAAGUUCAGAAGAUGGGAAGAACUUUGCUUCAAAUAUUUUUCGCUUAUUCUGUACUUUGAUCUUCCUGCAGAACUUCCUCUGACAUCAAAAGCAAGUCUCUGUCUGGAUCAGAAAGGACAAGUUGCGCCCAGUAAUAGGUAGUGUGAUAUUCAGCUGUGAAUACUUAAGCUAUUGUCUAUUUUGAAACUUGCUAGGGUUUCACAUGUUCAUGAGGCUGAUUUAUACCUGCAGUUGGUGGCAACGAUCUUGGCUUCUUUUCUCCCCUUCUCUGACGUAGGGGUCACAUUUUUAUUGGUGAAAAUGGACAGCACAGUAUUAAUUUGGACAAUGUGCACAUAACACUGGAUAAUAUUUGUUCUGAUAAGAAACGGGAACGCUCGAGUACAGCAUGGGAGCACGUACAGCUCAGAGGCACAGUCGUGCUGUACUUGGGAAGUUAAUGCUUCAAUUAUGAACACUAUCAUUAAUUAAGCCAUAUCACAGGUUGUGAAAAAUGUGCAUCCCAUCCUUAUAAACUUACUGGAAAAAUGCCACAACCAACCAACAGGUAUUUUGCACAUCUACUCAAAUAGGUUUUAAUUAAAUUGGGGUUUACAGUUGAUGUAAUUAGAAGUUGAAUUACAGUAGACUUGUAUUGUAUUUGGAGUUUUUUAAUAACUUACUACACACUUGUUUAAUUGAAGAAAAAAGCAGAAACGUGUUGCUUUAUUGUGGGUUUUAUUAAAUCAAUUAAACUUCACAUUGUUGUC